CAAAAUGGAGGUUGAGGCUGUGAGGUGUUGUUCACAAAUGGAAAGGAUUGUUUCUGUGCAUUUCCUCCAUUAGAUUCUUACAAAGCUUUCUGAACGUUUUGCAGCAUGUUCAAGAACGAGUAUCAGGGAGGACCAUUUGUAGAAAUCUUCAGCUCACAAGGUAAAGAUCCAGUUGCAAAAUGGAAGCUUUGCGGCAGUCCAGCGGUCCAAAAAGUUUUUGAUAAAGAAGUGAAGAGCUACGUUUAUAUACUGGAAGGCAGCAGUCAGAGAAACAAGAUGCAAUUGCCUAAGGACAGCAAACAGUCACUUGGUCUUACCCAGCGGUUCCUUGUGUUGCAGCUUUGUGUGCCUGUGGGACAAGACUUCUCUACAGAAUUGCUAAUUACUGAUUUGGGAAAUAUCAAGCGACGACUGUAUUUAUCAACUAUCCAUAAGGAAUUGUCUGCAACUCCACUACAUGCAAAGAUACCGUUGGGUAUUAUCAAACGUAAAAUCUGGAGCAAUGUUUGUAUUGACAUGGUGUCAUUUGCCAAUGCUGCAUUUAAAGGAGCAGGUUUUCAGUCCUUAGACAGAAUUGUUGUCUCAGCCAACUGUAAACUAAGGAAAAUCUUCACUAUGAAACUGCAGCCUCUGGAUACUACUUUCAAGAAUGACGUAUAUUCAUUACAGUGUUUGACUGAUGGACCGACCGAUGUAAUUCCAAAGUGCUGUCAGCUAGGCAUUGAUGUAGAUCAAGUUACACAGCUCCUGAAUAUAGUAAAACUGAAACAGGGAGAAUUAAGGCUUGGAAACCAACCCUCCACUUCAACAGAUUUGGACCAACAGACCAACCGUGGAACAGCCAGUGCACGUAGUGUUAGAACCCAAGACAUUUCUCACAUUGCUUUCGGAUCAAAAGUACUUGGACCACCUCCAACCAGUGGCAGAAAAGCUGGGACAACAGGAUCUAAAGAUUUAUCAGUCUUGAUGGAUAACAAAACAGCCAGAUCGUCCUACCAACCUCAUUAUAAUAAAGAUGCCAUAUCAGAAAGGUUGACUGGCAGAUCAGAAAGACGGACUUCAAGUCGACCAGAACCAGCUAAUCAAAUAAACAAAGGAAAUAUUUGCUUCACAACGCAAACAUCUGGGGCUGUUUGUUUGGUUAAACCUAAAGAUGAGAUUGAAGUUUUAUCAGAAGAACAUCAAAUUGAAAAGCCUCAACCCCCACAGGAACAGUCUUCCGACAGGAGUAAUCGUAGAAGAUUACGUUUACGGCUGAGUGAUGUGGAAAAGAAUGGCACAAUUGAUGAUCAAUGGCACUUUCCUGACCACUCUGAGAACAGUUUGCAAUUCAUUUGCUCUCAACAUUCCACAUCUUAUCCAGAACAUUCCAGAAACAGUUCGCAUUUACAAAUGAAUGAAAACAAGAAAGAAAAUAAAAGCAGGUCACCAUCUUUAAGUGAAGAUGACGAAAAAGAUGAUGAAUUAAAAUUGAAGGACAUAUUUACAUUUUCAUCACAACCAAGGUCAGCUCCUCAUGGCAAGAUACAGACUGCUUCAUCAGAAUGUUUCACAUGGACAGUAGAUAUGAAGGAUGAUGGAGAACCAGAAAAUCCAGAUAAAAGAGGAGCUCAUCUGGAAGAUGAUUUCCAUCAGAAUUAUGACAGUGAAGAGGAUGAUAUACUGAAUAACAUUACCAGACGCCCUGUGGAUGCCAGGAUACGUUCCACCAGCUCGGAAGCCUCAUGCGUCUCUCAUAUAUCCCAUAGUUCAAUGUCAGUUGCCUCUGAAAGAGCAAUACGAGCUGCUUCAGGAGAACAAACCUUACAAGAAACUCCUUUUCCAAUGCUGACCAAAAUAGACAAAGAAAAGAUUCAUAGCAGUAUCUCUCCAGUCCUAAGUAGAUCUCCCACCAGAGUAGAUGCUCCAGAUUCUACACCAAGCAUCAUAAAAGUGAAAGAUGGCCAAGCUAACCAAUCCAGAGCUUCCAUGGUAAAAAGAUCCUUAAAAGAAAUCCCAAAGGAAGAUCCAAGACUAACCACAGAGACCUCUGAAUAUAACUGGUUGAACUAUCAGCCAAAGGAUAUGAGUGAAUCUGAUGAAGCAAGAAUGCUGGCUAGUUUACGACGGCAGCAACUUGAAGAAAUGGAGGAUGAAGGGAAGACAAACCAUUUGAAUGCCGUCCAGCUUGGUUACUGUGUCUAUGGUGAUGAUAGCUUGAGUACGAGCAGUGAUGAUACAAGCAUCUGGAGUACCCAGCAUACAGGACCACCAGUCAAUCAAGGCCAUCACUACCAGAAUGAAAUGCUUUUGACUCUGUCUCAGAAAAAAAUGAAUCCACUUCUUCUUUCAAAUCCACGAGACUGGGGUAAUAUUUACAGUCCCCCCAUCAUUCUGCCCAGUGAACAACUAAAAGAUGGGAAAAAUGCACUUUCACCUAGACAACCUGCAGUUCUUCAGGAUAUCGGAAAUAAUACUGAGAAUAAUGCUGAAGAUCAAGAUGAAGUACUGGAUCUGUUGUAUGAUCCUUGUUUGAAUUGUUACUUUGAUCCAAAAACGGGGAAGUACUAUGAACUAGCAUGAGUCGAAGAUUGAGACUUUGGAAGCAACAUUGUUGCAUGGUUAUAGCUUGGGUUUCAUGAAGUCUUCAACAGCAUAUCAUUUCAAAGAUGCCCCUGACAUUCAUAAAGUCAGAUAAAAAUACUUCAAUCCAAAACAAGACUGAAUGAUGUUGAAACGAAUGUAACCAUCUUCUGAGGCCUGCAGCUGCAUUUCAGCACACGUUAUUUUUAAUUAUAAAGCACUGUAACUGGACAGAUUCCACAGUUCUAUACAUGUUUCUUCUUCUAAAUGUGAUCUUGAAUGCUUGUUAGUACUUUUGCAUGCACUUGCUGUCUAAUUUGA